AUGGCCGAAGCCGCGGGUCUGGCUGUUGGGACGAUAGCCCUCGCAAGUUUGUUCCAAACCUGUCUCGACAUCCUGGACUAUAUCGAAGAUGCGAGGAAUAUCAAGAGCGAUCGCGAGCGGGGAGACACGAAAUUGGGACUGCUAAAAAUCAGGCUGAAGCAAUGGGGGGAUGACCUGCAAGUAUUGUACCCUGGUCGCGAAGAUGGAGGGCUGCGGGAACAUUGGCCUGAAGAAAGCGGCACGAUAAGCAAAAGCCUUUUAGGCAUCACUGGCAUGCUCAACGAUGCUUCAAAGCUGAGUCACAAAUAUGCACCAUACAGGAUAAAACUCAAUUCUUGGUAUAUUGUCUGGAAGCCUUCCAAACGGAUAUAUAAGCCAGAUCAACAAGAGAUUUCCGAGAAACAAAUUUGCCAGGGUCUUACAUCGCUGACGCAGCGUACUACUUGGGCUUUCAGAGACAAGAAAAGAUUCAACUCCUUAUUGGCUGAGCUCGAUUUCUUCGUCACUAAUCUGGAGAAAGUCACUAUUCGGGUAGUGAGAUUUGACAAGCUUGAAUUGGAAAGUCUUUCAACGAGUGAAGGAGACUUCAAAAUGAAUGGAAUACACACAUUGGCGGAUUUUCAAAAAGAAAGCACACGGAAAACAGUAUUCGAGAAUUCUGCUGGGCGUACAAUUUCUGGCCGUGUCCCGACAUCAGGUACUGUCAGCAAGGAAGUACCUGAAAAAACCUCCAAUGCCACCCAGUCAGCUGAAGGCCACACAUUUAAGAACAAUUCCGCCAAGGAUAAUGGUUUUCAGCAUGCAGGUGAUCAUGGAAAAGUCGAUCCUAAUGCUAAACGACACGAAUUCACGGGUCACCAAGCCGAAGGCAAUAGUAUGCAGUUCAUGGGCAAUAUGGACGGAGAUGCUUCCAAAAACCUCUUCCAGCUUGCAUUGAGUCGACAUACUGCAUCUGCUCAUUAUUCCAAGAAUUGA